GCCUAUCGACAGCAAAGAGACUACCUGAAGAAACGUUCUCUGCGCCGAACGUUGAGGUCGUGUAAAGCAAUACCGAGUAUUUCCAUUGCUUGCUUUACGUACGAGUCUGCUCGAUCCAGGCGCUGCUCCGCUGCCUCAUUGCGACUGAUGGCAAGCAGGUUCAGAGCAUUCAUGACGCAUUCUGAAUCCGCAACCAUCGAGGACUCGUCCAGAGCCCUACUAUUUCGGGGGCUUCACGGACACUUGAAGAAAAUUCGAUCUUCUUGGGAAUUCUAUCGUGGAGCUCCUGAAGUGGUGACGGUGGUUCGAACUUCUGGCGACUCUCCUCUUCGCGGUCCUUCAAUUUCCUUUCGAGAAGAGGAUCUGAUUCCGAGUCGUCUGAUAAGCCUGUUGACGAAUCGUAUGAGUCCGACGAUGAAGACCGACCAUGCGAACGACGUUUCCUCUUACGACGAUUUCGAGAUGCACGGCCUCUUACACGUUUUGCUGGCCGUCUCUGCUCUCCUAAUGCGUCGUCCUGAAGGUGGCCGUCAGAGAGUUGAUCAUCGUCCAGCAAAAUCUUCUCGAGCUCUUUUAGGUGGUCGGACUCUAAAUCCGACAUCUGAAAAAAAGGGUGUAAUAGAGACGACAGCUCCGGACGGAGAGCAGGAUUGGGGCAACCAACCGCUGCGAGCUCUAGAAAAGGCAACUGAAGUGUCCGAUCCUUUUCGGCCACACACCAAGGAGCUGCAAAACGUCCGACGCCAUCCGGUAUGUGCAGAGAAGAAGCUUGUUAGAGAUCUUCCUGAUAUGGUAGCGGAGCAGCCGACGUUGGCAAUGUCGAGAGCCUAUCGACAGCAAAGAGACUACCUGAAGAAACGUUCUCUGCGCCGAACGUUGAGGUCGUGUAAAGCAAUACCGAGUAUUUCCAUUGCUUGCUUUACGUACGAGUCUGCUCGAUCAAGGCGCUGCUCCGCUGCCUCAUUGCGACUGAUGGCAAGCAGGUUCAGAGCAUUCAUGACGCAUUCUGAAUCCGCAACCAUCGAGGACUCGUCCAGAGGUAACCUG